CCGCUCAUCGUCCUUGCAUGUCAAGCCUCCACCGAAUCAUCGUUUGUCAUGCGGAAGCUGGAGGUGAACGAUGAUUUCUCGCAGAAUUCAAUCAUCGUGCUUUGCGUUCCUCGCGUCACCCGUGUCGAGUGUAGUAUGCGUUGCUGUACGACCAUCUUCUCUCGGAGGCUGGAGGAAUGCCUUCGAUGAUUGCGUUGAAGGCGUUUACUCGCAGAAUUGAGGAUAGACGGAGGAAGAGGCGUACACGAUCAUGAGUUCUUGAAAGUGCCGGAAGGGGUCUCUCUCUCUAUCUCUCUCUCUCUCCCUGUGUCUGCGGGCGGCAUGCAUGGAGACGAUUGGCCACCGCCGAUUCUUGGUUGUAGGGGUUGGCUUCAGGACUUACGAGGACGAUGACGAUGACGAGCAAGAGCAAGAGCAAGAGCAAGAGCAGGCGUAGGCAGGAUUGAAAGAUGUGGUCUCUAGAGCGACGGACUCUUCCUCCUCCUCUUCCUCCUCGGAGCGUUCAGUUUUGUUGAGCGCCGGCGGAGUGGAGGCUGUUUGCGACGACGAGCAGGCAGGCACGCACGCAGACAGGCUGAGGGUAGAAUGGGUCCGUUCUCCUUGAGACGCAUGGUCUCGCCUUGCGUAUCAAUCGUACUAAUUUUUUUGGUGGUAUUUUUCAUCGGUGCCUCGUUCAUGCUGGGUCCUGAAAUUGAGCUGGACGCUGAAAGUUUUGUCAAUCCUGCUCGAUCUGUUGCUGUUUGGUUUGAGAAGGAAGGGGAAUUUUCAAAUGGUCUGACGGACGAGGACGAAUCGGGAAGAAGGUCGAUUGCCACAACUGAACCUUCAUUCACAAAUAUCGUGGAGGCUUUUCAUAAGUGGGACGGUCAAGUUGGUUGCAAAGCCUUCAGGCAAGGCCUGCCCCCGCUCAAUCGCUCCGUGCACCUCCAAGAUCCGAAUUCUGUCAAGUGCUCUGAAUUGAAGCAGUUGCACGUAUCUGUGCUAGUUAAAGAGUAUACAUGGAUUCCGGACGCUUUAGACAACCUCUAUGCCUGUAACUGUGGGCUGACCUGCUUAUGGACAAAAUCGUUAGUUUUAGCGGACAAUCCAGACGCGAACUUUUAUGAGAUGUACAAACCACCGCAGAAGAGAAGAACAGGGGAUCCUCUCCGUGUGUAUAUGGACUUGGAACCAGCAAGAACUCGGGCUUCGCAAGAUUUAUUUGUUAGCUAUCAUGCCGGAGAUAAUCUGCAGGCGACGUAUGCGGGCACUGCUUUCCACAUGAACCGCAACCAUUACAUCUCGACGCAAAAGAAUCCCGAUGUUCUGGUCUAUUGGUCUUCAUCCCGAUGCUUGAAGGAUAGACAGGAUAUAGCCCGAAGGUUUCUGCCUCUUGUGCCGUAUCACUCCUUUGGAAAAUGCCUCAACAAUGUCGGUGGGCGAGAUUCACUUCUGGAGAUGUACCCAAGAUGCUUAGAAAAUGGAGGUGGAUCUAGCUGGUUCCAGAGCCUUCACUGCGCCAUGUCACAUUACAAGUUCGUCCUGGCCAUCGAGAACACGCUUACAGAAAGUUAUGUUACAGAAAAACUUUUCUAUGCUCUAGAUUCAGGUGCGGUUCCUAUAUACUUUGGAGCCCCUAAUGUUCUCGACUUAGUGCCCCCUAAGUCCAUUAUUCUGGGCAGUAAUUACUCAUCCAUGGAAGAGCUCGCAAUAUAUGUCAAAAUGUUGGCAGUCAACCCUGUGCUGUACGCCGAGUACCAUGCCUGGAGGCGUUGUGGAGUUUCAGGUCAAUAUUAUCACACUCGAGCAGUAAGUCUUGAUACUCUACCUUGUCGACUUUGUGCCGCUGUCAGCAGACUCGGUGGUAAGAACGCCCAAGCAUAGGUGAAUCUAGGGUCAGACGGGUUUAUGAGACAGAGAGGUGGGUCAGUUUAAUUUCACCAUCUCUAUGAUGCUCAUUGUUAUCACCAUAUUCUUUUCCCACGUUGUCACAAAUGGAGUGAUGAUCACAAUUCCCUUAUCUAAUUCUUUAUAGGAACCGCCACAUCAUAGAAUGCAGAAAGUUGGGACAGGUCGAGUAGAGGAUGUCAACGAAGUCAUACUGAUAACUGAAGGGGUCCACGAAUCUCUUCGUAUACAUGAAGCGAUAUUGUAAUUGCAACGGCUCAAUAUGUAUCAGCCACUAAGUUGAAAUCCAUUGAAGGCCCGAGGUCCCCAACUAAUGUUACGCUAUUCCUGC